AUGGGGAGAGACAACAUCCUAACCUUUGCUGUGCUGUGUGUCUUCUAUGAUUGGACUCUGGGUGUGGACUCCAAGAUGGUUCAUCUCCGUCAGCCUGGUCUCAAUUCCCCCAUACCCUUAGACAUGGUCCCUAACUCUGUUGACGACAUGUAUAACGGCUGCACUGAACAAAUGAACAACACAGUGCAGAAUAAAUUUCUUUCAAUAGAAACCAAAACAGUAGGGAUCUUCAAACGAGCCUGGAAGAAGGCAGAAGAAUGUGUAAAAAAUGUGAAGGAACGAUUCAAAAAGGACAAUUCAGAGGUCAAUCUUAAAGACAAACUUAGUGGAGAGCAUAUCCAGGCUAUCUGUGUUUACACAGAAGUUUCGAAUUACAUAUAUAGGGAGUUCAACCAGGCAGUCCGGACCAAUAGGACAGACUACGGGUCCUCCUUCCAGUUCCACUCCCUGCAUUUCCUGCUGAUAGAUGCUCUCCGCCUCCUGAAAGAAAACCAACAUGGCUGUCACACCACAUAUCGAAGAACCAGCAUGGUGUUUGCAGGUGAAGUUAACCAAAUAAUCCGAUUUGGCUUCUUUGCCUCCAGCUCUCUUGACAAGGAAAUUACUAAAAAAUUUGGAGAUGACUCCUGCUUUGAGAUAAAGACAUGUGCAGGAGCUUAUCUCAAGUCCUACCCAGUGUUGGGAGAACAGGAGAAGGAGGUAUUGAUUCCACCUUUUGAGAUGUUCAAAAUUACCAAAAAGGAAAAAGGCGAGAAUGUUCUUAAAUGUAAAUCUCUCUUCAAACUGGAGAGUGUAGGGCUCCAGAGCAAUCUGAAUUGUAAAGCUGUAUUGGAAAACACAGCAGUUAAGCUGUCUGUUAGUCAGUGA